CGCGUGCAGGAGCUGCGGGGGCGCGCCGGCGCGUGCGCGCGAGCGAGGGCCCAGAGGCCGCGGGCGCCACGCGAGGGGCUGUAGCGGCCUCGGCCGCCAGAUAUAUUUUUGCCAUCAUGGAUCGGUUUGGAGAUAUAUCAGAAGGUGAAGUGGACCAUUCUUUCUUUGACAGUGACUUUGAAGAAGCAAAGAAAUGUGAAAGUAACUCAGUUUUUGACAAGCAAAAUGAAGACCCUAAAGAGAAAAUAGAUAAAAGUACAGAAAAUGUAAACUUGAAAGUUGGAAUACAAGCAAAGGAAAAUUAUCUUACUGAGAAGGGAAAUGAAAGAAAAGUGAAAAUUCCUCCAGAAGAACAUCCUGUAGAAAAGGAUAUUGUACAAACCAGAAGUUCUUUAUCGCUGACCAUGUCUUCAAGAUCAAAAAAAUUGUGUGAUGCUACAAUAGGACAUAAAAUACACUUGCCCAUUCCAAAUAGAAUUCCCAGAAUUGUGAAAGAAGGUGAGGAUGAUUACUCUACAGAUGGAGACGAAAGCAGUGAUGAUGGGAAAAGAUGUCAUAUGAGGUCCAAGUUAGCUAAACCUCCUAAUAACUUUAAAAAAAGCAAAAGUAAGAAGUAUUCCAAAGUUAGUUCCUCCUCCUCCUCUUCUCUGUCUUCCUCCUCUUCAGGUUCAGUUACAGAUUGUUCAGAUGCAGGGUCUGAUAACUGUGUAUCUGAUUCAUCUCCAUCAAAGAAACAUGUAUCUGGUGUAACCCUCUUAUUACCAAAACAGAAAUACAAAUCAGGAAUAAAAUCGAUGGGAAUACAACCUUCAAGUACUAAACCAAAAACUGGUGACUGUACUGAGGAAUCUGAAGAUACUGUGACAGAUGUAACUCCUUUAUCAACUCCAGACAUCAGCCCUGUUCAGUCUUUUGAACUGGGUGCAUCAAAUGAUCAAAAAGUGAAAGUUAAAAAGCAAGAAAAUGUGAGUCAAGAAAUAUAUGAAGAUGUUGAGGAUUUAAAAAAUAAUUCAAAAUAUUUGAAAACAGCCAAAAAGGGGAAAGAAAAACAUGGGCCCAAUCUCACCUCAGAGUCUUCAGUGUUAGAUUCCAAUUUAGACCACAGAUACAAACAAAAAGUCUUACAUGACACAAUGGACCUGAACCAUCUUUUGAAAGCUUUUCUGCAAUUAGAUAAAAAGUUACCACAAAAACAUCACACUGAUCAGCCUUCAAUAGCACCUAGGAAAAACUACUCUUUCACAAGAGAAGAGGUGAGACAGAUUGAUCGGGAAAAUCAGAGGCUUUUGAAAGAACUGUCUCGACAAGCUGAAAAAUCAGGAAGCAAAAGUACAGUUCCUAGAAGAUUGAUUGGUCAUCCCCCUCAGUUAUACCAUAGCGCCGUCAACAGACAGAGGGAACAACAAAGGAUUGAAAGAGAAAAUUUGGCUUUAUUGAAAAGGCUAGAAACUGUAAAACCAACUGUUGGUAUGAAACGCUCAGAACAACUGAUGGACUAUCAUCGCAAUAUGGGUUAUCUCAGCUCAUCACCAUCAGCGAGACGAGUGAGAUCUACUCUUGGCCAAUAUACCCCUUUAAGGGGAGCUUCCAGGACAUCCAGUGCUACCAGUGCACUUAGUUGUAAGAGUGAGCGAUUGGUUUUUGACACAUCCAGUGGUCUGUUGCUGAGACCUAAACCUCCAAACGUCCGUACAGCUUGGUUAUAAAACCAUUUUUUAUUUCAACCUUGUUCAUCCAAUUUUUAUUGAAAUACUCUUGCAUAUUACCAUAAUUCUUUGUGUAAAUAUCUGUAAUACUGUUUUAAGCGAUUUAAGGUAUACAACAGUGGAUUGUAAUUUAUUGUUAUUCGGUGCAAAAUUAUCUAAGAGACAAGUUAAUGUAAAAUCAGUGUUUCCUAUGAGAAUGUAUUUAUAAUGUAUUUAAUAGAAAAAUGGUAGUAUGUAUGUGCAUAUUUUCUCAAUAUAGAAAUUGAUUUGGUUGUCAUGCUGACACAACCAUGGGAUAGUAGCAUUACAUGUUGGACCCAAGACGUUCACUCUGUAGUUCUCAUUUUAUGUGAUUUUUAUAUCUUGUAAGCUUUAAAGCAUGAGCUUAGCUCCUAAGUUUGACUGACUUUGUUUUCUAUAUGUUUAAGAACUAUGUGAUGUAUCUGAUAACUCUGUAUGCUUAAGAACUUAUAUGGUGAUGUGGUGUGACUCAUAACUCAUAACUUGAUUCUGUAUGCUUAAGAAUUUAUGUGGUGUAACUCAUAACUUGAUAACUUGAGAGUUACACUUUCUUAUUAUGAAACAAAUCUUGAAAUUUUUUUUCAUUGGUUGAGUUGAUUUAGAUUUGAUGAUUUAAAAAAGCUUGUACUGGGCCAAUCCUUGUGAUUCACCAGAGGUUACCUAGUUUCUGUAUAAGUAAGCUGAGUUAGAGCUUACAGCUUUGAUCAACCAUUCCAAACCAUUUCAAACCGUGAAUUUUAGAAAGUUAAAAUUAGAAGCUCCUCUUCAUGUUUUUAUACAUUCAGGUAAAGUACUGUCAAUGAUUCUGAGAAAUGAGGUCAGCUUUUGAGCUACAGUCUACUGCUUUGUGAGUAACUUGUGAAAGGACCAGAUCAGUUGCAUCAAAGCAAAAACAAGUAUUUGUUGAAUCAGUAAAAUAGUUUUACUGUUUUGAGGUGAUAAGAAGCAGAUCCUAAGAUGUGUCAGAGCAGUGUUUUAAGUAAUACUGUUAGUAUGUUGUGCUAUGAUUUAGUUAUUGUAUUAAGAGAGGAGAUUUGUAAUGAGAUAGAAAUGCUUUAGAAAUUCCAGCUAGUGUAUAUAAGGGCUGAAAAAGAAAACUAAAAUAUGAACAAUAAGGGAAAUAAAUCACACAUUUGUUAAAGCUGCUUCCUUAAAUAUUAGCUAAUGUUCUUACUUUGUUUGGGUUUGGUUUAUUUGAUUGCAUCCUAGAAGUAUUUUUUCCAGUCUCACAUUUAAAGGCCUAGUGAUCUUGAUGGACUUGGCAGAUAGGGUGUAACAAAGUUGACUUUUGAAAUCAGUAUAUUUUUCUGUCAAUCUAUAGGCUCUUAUAUAACAAAGUAUUACAUCUCAUAAUUAUCACUGUUUUUCAUUACUGGCCUUUUCAGGAUACCCAUAGAAUGUAUUGGAAAGUUUCCAUGUUAAAUGACAAAUCUUUCUUUUUUUAAUAUGAAUUUUUGAUCUAUAGCCAUAAGCUUUUUUUUUUUUCAGUGCCUCAGCUAUGUAGCUUGUAUGCUGAACUUUUUUUCUUAAUACCUUUAGCAGUAAGCCAAACCACAUUCUACUAAACAUCAAUUUAAGAUUUCUUGGUCUUAGUUUGCAUUAAUAGAUUUUGUUUAGGAUAGGGCAUGUGAAGCAUUGAAACACCGGGAUUGAAAUUCAUGUGAACCCAAUCUGGCUGUGAUGUUCAUUCAGCAUUAUUUGAUGUUCUGUUUUGGCCAACAAGUUUUUAACACCUGCUUUAUAUAUAAGUUUUAUCUCUACAAAACCAAGGUUUUAUUUUGUUUUGUUUUUUAACUUAUUGCACUUUGUAUACUCUUAUCUUUAAGAAGAGAUAAGAUAAUGCUGAAUUUAAAACUCAGCAUUUGGACAUAUUCCCAAUAGUGAUUUAGUCAAUUUAAAAAAAUUGAUUUUUAAGUUGUUUGAAAAAAAAAAAUACAUCUAUAACCUUUUAUAUUCAGAAUGGUAUUUGUUUCUGAGUACAUUUAACAUGGUCUUUGCUGCCACAUGUCAGGAUACAACAGAUACGUUUUCAUAGAUAAAGCCAUACUUUGAUUUGAGAUAAUAAUUUAAUGCCUUUAGUUUUUACUACUUUGAAAGAGGAAGUUUAUCUGAGUACUACUGAUAGCAGAGAUUCAACUUAAAGUAAAAGUUGGGAAGAGCAACAGCCUUUUUAAAAAAAAAUUUACAAUUCUCUUGUCAUAGUUACUUAUAUAUCAUUACUUCUCAGCUAGAAGUUGAAAAAUGUGGUAUUCUAAGAAGUCAAGGUACUUUGAAGUUGUUAUGGCUUAAGGGACAUUUUUAUGAAGGAGUUAUAUUACUCUGUUUUUAUGAACAUAAAGUGAAGGAUGAUCUAGCACUAUUUUAUAUUCGGUUGAUGUGUACUUAAUGUGUAUACUUUGAAGAUUUACAUCUGUAACUAGAAAGUAUGCUAAUUUGAGGUAUACUUAUUGUGCCAGAUUCUUACUGAGAGUUAUUUUCAUCUCUUGUCAAAUGUUAAACUAAUGUUGCCUCCUUUUUAGUAAGAUUCUAUGAAAGAUUUUAAACUAUUAAAAUUUUUUCUUAAGGGAAAGCUAUUAUCUCAUACUUCCCAUACUUCUUUCUGCAGUUCAUAAAAAUCUGCUUUCUUAUCUCUACCACUCCAAAUAAAGUUUUUCUGGUUCGUGUGUAAAUUUAGUGUAACAUAGCUCUUUUCAGUCCAUUAACCCAAGUGUCCAAAAUGGAUAUCAAGACUUUAAAAAGGUAAUUGCAAGGGGUAUGAUUGUGUGAUUCUUAUCUUUUGAUUCAAAUAUUGCAUACUAUGAAAAGUAUUAAGACCAAUAUAAAGUUGAAGAUGCAAGUUUAUUAUAUUUUAAUAAAAUUUAUAAAAAGUUUAGUAUCUUAAAUGCCAAAAUCUUAACUAUAUAAAUGAUUGUAUACCAUCUCUUAGAAGAUAUACUUAAUGCUAUUGGCUACUUUAAAGAAACUUAAAAAUCACAUCCUUUUAAAAUUUUCUACUCAACUGUAAUGUAUUUUAGGCAUGAAGAACUAGCUUGGCAUA